CUGAUAUCCCUCAUAAAUUUUCUAGUAAAUUAUUUUGUUCCCAAAAUUUUCAUGGUUCAUCAGUGUUAUAGCAUUUAUACAUAAACAAAUGAGUAUAUAUUUAAUUUUAAUUAUCUAGUAUUUAAUUUAAAGACAUAUCUUUAGAUGAAUGUCAUAUAAAUCUACUCAACCAUUAAAAAAUGGAUUUGUACUCUGCUCCUCCCUGUUCCAGAGACAGCCUCGUCCCAUAGACAAGAUGGUGAAGGUCAGUGUGAACAGAUUUGGCUGUACUGGGCACCUGGUUACCAGGGCUGCCUUCUCCUCUGCAUUUGGCAAAGUGGAGAUUAUUGCCAUCAACGACUCUUUCAUUGACGUCAAGUAUAUGGUCUCCAUGUUCCAGUAUGACUCUACCUAUGGCAAGUUCAACGGCACUGUCAAGGCUGAGAAUGGGAAGUUUGUCUUCAAAGGGAAGCCAUCACCAUCUUCCAGGAGCGAGAUGGGGUGAGGCUGGUGCUGAGUAUGUCAUGGAGUCUACUGGUGUCUUCACCACCAUGGAGAAAGGUGGGGCUCACUUGAAGGGUGAGGCCAAUGCCCCCAUGUUUGUGAUGGAUAUGAACCAUGAGAAAUAUGACAACUCAUUCAAAAUUGUCAGCAAUGCAUCCUCCACCACCAACUGCUUAGCACCCCUGGCCAAGGUCAUCCAUGACAACUUUGGUAUCUUGGAAGAGCUCAUGACCACAGUCCAUGCCAUCACUGCCACUCAGAAGACUGGAACACCCCUCUAGAAACCUGUGGCAUGAUGGCCGUGGGGUAACCCAGAACAUCAUCCCUGUAUCCACUGAUGCUGCGAAGGCUGUGGGCAAGGUCAUCCCAGAGCUGAACGGGAAACUCGCUGGCAUGGCCUUCCAUGUUCUUAUCCCCAGUGCAUCCGUUGUGGAUCUGACAUGCCGUCUGGAGAAACCUGCCAAGUUUGAUGACAUCAAGAAAGUGGUGAAGCAGGCCUCUGAGGGCCCACUAAAGGGCAUCCUGGGCUACACUGAGGACCAGGUUGUCUCCUGUGACUUCAACAGCAACUACCACUCUUCCACUUUUGAUGCUGGGGCUGGCAUUGCUCUCAAUGACAAAUUUGUAAAGUUCAUUUCCUGGUAUGACAAUGAAUAUGACUACAGCAACAGGGUGGUGGACCUCAUGGCCUCCAAGGACUAAGAAACCCUGGACCAGGCCAGCAAGGAUACUGAGAGCAAGAGAGAGGCCCUCAGUUGCUGAGGAGUCCCCAUCCCAACUCAGCCCCCAACACUGAGCAUCUCAUCCUCACAAUUCCAUCCCAGAUCCCAUAAUAACUGGAGGGGCCUAGAGAUCCCUCCCUUCUCUCCUGAAUUUCAUCAAUAAAGUUCGCUGCACAUUCCCCAUAAAAAAAAGAGAUUUGUAGAUAUCAUUUACAGUAACUUGGUAGAUAAAAAAGUUCUAAGAAAUACAGCUGUUUCCCCUACCCACAAUCUCAGUGCCCUCAAGUCUUUAGAAAUUAAGGGAAAUAUUGGGAAAGCACCAAAGUUGUUACUACAAAUUUUAUUGAUGGUAUUAUAAUGACAAAUCUUAGGCCAAAGUGUAUCAGGUGCUUUAUUCAGUGACUAGGAGUAACAGAAAAUAGACUAUAUGUCCCAGACACAAGAGAAAGAAGACACUGAGAUUUCUUUUUCCUUCUUUUCUCCUUGUGCUCAUAGCUUAAGUUCAUAGGCUUUCUUCAAAGUGUUUCUUUUUUAAUUUAGCAAUACAAUAUUUUAUUUUCUUUGAAGAUGACGGCAUUUUGUAUUUAUUUAUAAAACUUCCCACAGGAAACAAUAUAAACAAACAGGACAAAACACCAAAACAAAGGCUGUAACACCAAAUGAUUUCACUUUCAGCAUCAAUACAAUUAUGUCAAAACAUGGUUACCACACACUGUUAAUGUGCUCUUUUCCCUAUUCUAAGAUAUGACACUGCUAUUGGUGACAUGAGGGUUCUGUUUGGCAUUCUUGGUCUCACUGAUAAAAUAAUUUGAUUUUAUUAGUUUGUGAAAGAAAACCAACAAAGGGUGGUAGGCAAGUCAGAGAUAAUCCUAGUGGCUGCCUAAAGAAAGAAUGGUAAGAGGAAGACAGUUGUGCCAGUGGGUCCAAGGCAGCUGCUGCAUUUUACCAGUGGAGCUUGGGAAGAAGGGUGUCAGGGAAAGAGUUUCCUCAGAUGAUCAGGAAAACAUGCACAGGAAGACUAUGUGGGCAAGUAAAGCCGGCAGGCUCAGCAGUGCUAUGUGGGAGGAGCUCUUUAAGUAGCUGCAACAAAAGACUGGCUCCUGGGAAGUGAGUCAUCUGAGGAAGGUGAACCAGCUUUCUGGGCCAGGUGAUUGACAGGCCCAGUCAGAUGAACUCUUUUGGGAGGAGUCGAUAGUGUGUACAGAAGUCAAGACUAUGUAACUUUUUCGCCCAAAGCCUAAGGUAGAACCACAGUUGCUACAUUUCAGAUGAGGAGUGGUAAUGAUUUACUUUAACAAAACCCUUCUAACUCCACCUUUCCAUAUGCUGAUUUAAAUUCUAAGGAGGGGCUGUUGUACUUAGCAUGGAAGGGCGGAAGAGUACACAGCUAACCCUUAGAGAGUUUCCAUGAUCGAGGUUGGGAAUCUGUAACUAGCUUUCUUACAGCAUUGUCUUUAAAUGGAAUCAUAAAGAUGGUAAGCUAGAGACCAUGCAGGCAAUAGUGUUAGAUAAUAAACACUCAUGCAACACGUUUCCAAAAUCAGUAACAUGUAGUAUGCAGAAAGCCAAAUUUAUGGAUUAAUCAUUCUUUUCAAAACCAUCUAGAUAUAAAAAAAAAAAUCAUUGUCUUACUAUAGGUCAGAUUUUCAUUCAAAAUGGUGUACUUUAUGCUGUCCAUAUUAUAUAUCAAAUACUAUAAUACUGUGACAGGCAAGACAGUGUAGAGUUUCCUCCAUUCUCUAUCUUGCUGAGGCCAUUUCAGGUUUAAUUAGAAUUUGAUCUCCUGGAUGGAGAAUCCCAUGGAAAAUUAACCAGCUCUGUUCUAGGAACCUGAGGUUUCCCAGACAACUUACCUUAGCUUCUGUGAAACUGCUUGCUUGUGCAAAUCAGCUGCAAAGCCAGAAACCAGAACAUAGUUUAUGCUUUUAAACAGCCCUUGACCUAAAUGCUAGGGGCCAUGCUUGGGUCCCAAGUACCUGAGCAUAGCCCCAGUCAGCUGAAAUAAAUAUCUUCAAUUGGCACCAGCUGUGUCUGUGUGGUCAUUUAUGGGCGCUUCUUUGUAGCAGCACAAAUUACCACACGAUGUAAACACUGAUAUAAAAACUGCAACCAGAAUAACUAUGGGCUUUCUUCCAAACCUUAUACUGUUUUCCUAAAUUAUUUAAAUGCUGUAUAUUUUGAAAUAUUUAUCAGCUGGUCUAUUAAUUUAUACUUGUUAGUAGAGUUAAAAAUUCAUUCUUUAGUCAUUACUCUGAGAUAUUUUUAAAGUAAAAUAUAGCAUAAGAUUGGUUACAUUUAUAGAGAUACUUUUCAAGUAAUAUGAGUAAAAGAAAAAUAAUUAUUUUAGUAUAGAACACUGUGCAUCAUUUAAUUUUCAUCAGUUAAUUAUAGGAAGUUUAUUAUUUAUCAUUUAUUAGACUAUCUCUAAGAUAAUGCUACUAAUAUUUUUCAUAUAUAUGUAUAAUUUUAAAAAUAAGAUUACUUGCAAUUUUUCCUCAUGGUUGAUUUUCAUAUUUUAGACAUUUGGAAUUAAUACAAUCUUGAAUUGCUUUUCGAUCUCAAUAAACAUGUUAUAUUUUUAAAAAUGCCUUUAAGUAUGCUUCCAGAAAACUUCAAUAGAAAGUUUCCUGUGAAAAGUGGACACCUCUUUGCUGGUGUGAUGUCACAUGCCUUUAAUCCUAGCACCCAGGAAGCAGAGGCAGAAGGAUCUCUGUAAAUAGCAAGUACUACAUGGUAAGACUUUGUCUACAACAGAACAAAACAAAACAAAAAGAAGUGGAUGUGCCUCAAAGUGCUGUUUUAGAGAUUCUCAAGCUAAUGAGACACAUGUCAGUACAUGAGCUUUUUUAUUAUUGCCGGGCUGUGUAGGAGUAAACUUCUGUGUCUUCUUGGCUUCGGCCAGGUUUUCAGUAAUACCAAUGUGUCUACAGCUUCAGAAACUUCGGAGUUGGGGUAGCUACAGGAUGAAAGAUAAUAGAUUCAGCCGUGUGCUAAAUCUUAGUUAUCUUUGUAGCUCCUAUCUUUAGGAUUCAGAAUGGAACAAAUUGUUCCUCUCAUCAUACCUACUAACAGGGUCGAUAAAAGAAAUCAGAGUAUAAAGUUAUUUAAGAAUAUAGAUUUAUCCUAAUUGUUGGCAUUGUUAAGUAUAAAUGUAGUGCUGUAAUAUUUAGCCAUGGGAUAUCCAGUUCUCACAAAUUUGUCACUAUGUUUAUAAGAUUUCACUGGAUGACUCCAAGGAGAACUCUAUUUCAAUCUGUAAGGAGAUCAACACCUCUGUCCUCUGUGCUUCUGAGUGCUCCAGACUGGAGACAGUGUUUUGUUUUUCCCAUGAGUACUGACACUGGUUUCUAACACCUCAUCUGUUGUACAACAGCCAGGAAUUAUUAUUCUAGGAAAAAAAAAACAGCCCCACUUCUAUUUCUCACAAGUCUUUCUAGCAUGCAUCAGUCCUCAUACAUAGACUUCUUGUUGUUCCCUCUUCUUUUUCUAAAGAUCUUACAAAGAUGCCUGUGACUUAGGUGUUCUGUUAACAUAGAGAAAAGGGCACCUUGGAGUCUCUGAGCACAGCAGGACGUGUCUUCGGUUAAUGUGGCUUUCCUUUAAACACGUGUUUUUAUCUUCUUAAGAAUGCCAAGAAAAAGUAUUCCUAUGGACCCUACAGAUACUUAAACCUAAUCAAAAACACUCAGAAUAUACCAUAUAGAAAGUAAAUAUUCCAUGAUCAUGAUCACAUGUUUGUCAGGGGAAUAUCAAUUUCAUUUUACUCAAACAGGAUGAUACUUCUCAGUGGGAUUUGCACCCAUGUUUCCCUCUCAUAUUUCUCACACACCCGGCACAUAAAUACUCCCAGUUGACAUCUGGCACAGCUGGUUUCCACACUACAGACUCUCCUUUACUAUUGAACCAGAUCUGCCCCGGAAACUAUAAAAUUGUGUGAUAAACACUUACAAUUGCUAGCUCCCGAAAGAACCGGAAAUCUCUUUUGGGCUGUAAUUAUGUGAUCAAAAUAUGAAUUUUAGG